AUGCUGGCCCAUUCUUUAUCUCAAGUCAUCAACCUUAAGGUGAAGAUCACCACAAAUCUAGAUGCCACCAUCACAGGGUUCAUUUACACUUAUGCCGAUGAUAUCCUAGUGUUGCGAACGUCAGCUAAUAAAGAUCGGACUGAAGAUAAUUAUAGAUUCAUAAACACUCAGUUCAUCAAGCUGUUGCAGGUGUUAGGAUCUCUCAACAGGCAAACCACUGGGAAUCAAAUGACCUCGAGUGGCUUCGCAAAGGUUAACGUUGAUCAAUUCCAAAAGAAAUUGAAUGAAGCCAUCAUUGUCUAUGGGAAUAGUACUAAUCCUAAGGCAACUACCAAUGCCCAUUUAUUGUUUGAAAAAUUGGUGGAAAAAUGGGGGGUUGAUGGUGUUCGAUGGCAGGAGAAUGAUAUUGUCAUCAAAAAUGAAAUCAGAUUAACAAAACCGUAUACUUUGGGGAAGAAUUCUCUUCAUAAGUUGAAGAGAAAUCCUAUUCAUUAUGAUGAAGUACGAAAGCAUCUUCGAGAAGUUUGGCUUGAAAUCGAUAUCCAAAAAAGGGGGGGUUAA